UCAGGGCCCCCCCCCCCCCGGCAGCAGGUUGGGGCACGGUGCGGCCGCGCGUCCCCGUCCCUCCGCCGGAUUAUGCGGCGACCGACCCCGCUGGGGCGGCCUCCCCGGUCCUAAAGGCUCCGCCGCCCGUAAGAGCCGCCGCGAUGAGCGCGCUCAGCUUCGACGAUGCCGCCCUGGAGGGGUUGGCCCUGGAGCUCCGCGCGGCGAGUGACAUCGACACGGCGCUGCUCAGCGACAUCGACGACAUGCUGCAGCUGAUCAACACACCGGACAAUGACUUUUCGGGGCUGUUUGAUGCGCCGUUCACGACCCCUGACUGCACCGUGUCCUCGGGGCUCCCCCCAGCCCCCACCAGCAACGUAUUCCCGGGGCCCAGCAAGCCACCCCCCACCAGCAAUGUAUUCCCACCCCCCCCCGUGCUGUCAACCUUCACCUCACAGUCCCCCACCCCACUCCUGCCAGCCCCUGGCCCCCCAGCAGCACCGGGGGUGAAGGAGGAACCUGCGGCCAUGCCCAGCAGCCAGCCCCAGCCUGGCGUGAUGCUGGCCCCCAGCUUCGUCCCCACAUCCCCUGGGCAGUUCAGCCCCCAGCCCAUGGUGGGCUUCCAGAACCAACACAGCUUCCCUGCUGUGCAGCCUGUUGGGGCUGCACAGAGCCCCCUGCCCGCCCCACAGCCAGCCCAGCCUGUGGCACUGCCUGGCCCCGUGCAGAGUGUGGCACCGCAGCAGCUCCUGGCACCCAGCCCCACUGCCACCACCCAGCCCGUGUCACCCCAAAUCCAGCCAGUGCCGGUGCUGCUGCAGCCCCACUUCAUCAAGGCGGACUCCCUGCUGCUGACAGCUGUCAAGACAGAUGCAGGCAGUGCCAAGACCUCCACCAUCACCUCUUUGGCCACCAGCAGCACCGCGGCCCCACUGCAAGUGCCAGCUCUGGUGAGUGGGGGUGCCAUCCUGGCCACGGUGCCGCUGGUGGUGGAUGCUGAGAAGCUGCCCAUCAACCGGCUGGCACCCAGCGGGAAGGCAGCGCUGCUGCAGAGCAAAGGGGAGAAGCGGACAGCACACAACGCCAUCGAGAAGCGCUACCGCUCAUCCAUCAAUGACAAGAUCGUGGAGCUGAAGGACCUGGUGGUGGGCACCGAGGCCAAGCUCAACAAGUCGGCGAUCCUGAGGAAGGCCAUCGAGUACAUCCGCUUCCUGCAGCAGAGCAACCAGAAGCUGAAGCAGGAGAACCUCAGCCUGAAGAUGGCCGUGCAGAAGAGCAAGUCCCUCAAGGACCUGGUGGCCUCCUGCAGUGCUGGCCCCAAGGCAGAGGCACCCAUGGAGGUGGCGAAGGCGGAGGUGAUGGAGAUGCUGACACCACCACCCUCAGAUGUGGGCUCCCCAUCCCGCGGCAGCCCGCUCUCGCUCAGUGGGGGCAGCAGCAACAGCAGCAGUGACUCUGAGCCUGACAGCCCCCUCUGCAACCACGGCAAGGUGAAGCAGGAGCACCCACCACCCUCACCUGGCAGCCAGGGCAUGCUGGACCGCUCCCGAAUGGCCCUCUGUGCCUUCGUCUUCCUCUGCCUCUCUUUUAACCCCCUGGCCUCCCUGCUCCGUGGCUCCAGUGCCCCAGCACCAUCUGGGAACCUGGGUACUGCUGGUCCUGGAAGAAGCAUCAUGGCCGAGUCUGGUAUUGCAGAGGAGCCGUGGGGCUGGUCGCAGUGGCUGUGGCCCACGCUGGUGUUCUGGGGGCUGAACGUGGCCCUGGUGCUGGGAGCGGUGGUGCGGCUCUUUGUCUAUGGGGAGCCCGUCACCCCUCCGCACUCCGAAUCCUCUGUCCUCUUCUGGCGGCACCGCAGGCAGGCAGACCUCGACCUGGACCGGGGGGACUUUGCACAGGGUGCCCAACACUUGCGCACAGCACUGGGUGCCCUGGGCCGCCCGCUGCCCGCCUCCCACGGGGACCUGGCCUGCAGCCUGCUAUGGAGCCUGCUCCGACACCUGCUCCAGCGCCUCUGGGUGGGACGCUGGCUGGCUGCCCGCGCUGGGGGGCUGCGCCCAAACCCCCCGCCCCGCGCCCACGUCCGACAGAGCGCCCGCAAUGCGGCCAUGGCUUAUCAUCGCCUGCACCAGCUGCACCUGGCUGGGAAGCAGGCCGGGGGGCACCUGCUGGCCAUCAACCUGGCACUCAGUGCUGUCAACCUCGCCGAGUGCGCUGGCGACGCCGUCUCGGUGGCUGCGUUGGCUGAGAUCUACGUGGUGGCCGCGCUGCGCAUCAAGGCCAGCCUGCACCGCUGCUUCCACUUCCUGGCUCGCCCCUUCCUCUGCAGUGCCCGCCGCGUGGCCCUGUCCCAUGGUGGAGCUGUGCCCCCCGCCAUGCAGUGGCUCUGCCACCCCUUGGGUCACCGCUUCUUUGUGGACGGGGACUGGGCCGUCAAGGGCGUCCCAAGGGAAACCAUCUACAGCUCCGCCGGUGACCCAGUGGACCCGUUGGCGCAGGUGACCCAGCUCUUCCGUGAGCACCUCCUGGAGAAAGCACUGUACUGCGUGGCCAUGCCUGAACCCGGCCGUCCUGCUGCCCAGGGAGAGGGAAGGCGCUUUUCGGAUGCGUUGGAGUACCUUCAGCUGCUCAAUGGCUGCUCCCAUGCCAGCAGCAUGCCUGGCCCUACGCCCUCCAUCAGCUCCGGCCUGGCAGCAGUGACAGGCACCGAUCCUGUGUCCAAGUGGUGGGCAUCCCUCAUCGGCACCAUCAUUCACUGGCUGAAGGAUGAUGAGGAGGGGGCUGAGCGGCUCUACCCGCUGGUGGAAGCCAUGCCCCGGGCACUGCAGAGCUCUGAGAAGCCCCUUCCCCGUGCUGCACUGCACUCCUUCAAGGCGGUCCGGGCCAUGUUGAGCAAGCAGGACGGCAGCCAGGCCAGCCUGAGCCACUGUGAGAAGGCCAGCAGCUGCCUGCGAGAGAGCCUGGAGUUGUGCAGCCCCCCCAAGUGCACCAUCGACAAGGCGGUGCAGCUUUUACUGUGCGACCUGCUCCUGGUCACUCGCACCAACCUGUGGCAGCAGCAGAUGAGUGCCAGCCAGCAGCUGCGUGGCACCUACCAGGCGUCUGCCCUGGAGCUCCGUGGCUUCCAGCAGGACCUCAGCAGCCUGCGGCGCCUGGCACAGACCCUUCGGCCCGCCAUGCGCAGGGUGUUCCUGCAUGAAGCCACUGCCCGGCUGAUGGCCCGUGCCAGCCCCACGCGCACCCACCAGCUGCUGGACCGCAGCCUGCGGAGGAGAGGGGUGCAGGGCAGCAAGGCAGCCGGAGAGCCGGAGAGCCACCCCACGCCGCGGGAGCACGCCGAGGCGCUGCUGCUGGCCUGCUGCUACCUGCCCCCCAGCUUCCUCUCGGCCCCCGGGCAGCGCGUGGGGAUGUUGGCUGAGGCCGCCCGCUCGCUGGAGAAGCUGGGGGACAGUCGGACACUGCACGACUGCCAGCAGAUGAUCAUCAAGCUGGGCAGCGGCACCACCGUCACCACGGGCUAAUGGGGGAUGUGGGCACUUGCCACCUGUCCCCCCUCCCACCCCGCUCCGUGCAAUACGGGUGGUGGGGACUCCCUAUGGGAUGGUGUCAUGGUGCCGUGUCACCAUCCGCUGUGGGUGCUGGGGGUACAUCCCGGUGUGGGGCACCCUGGUGGCUUCUGUCCCUGUGCCCAGCACAGUUGGGUGACGGGACGUGGGGACCUCUAGUGACACUGUCACAGUAUUGCACGGCACUGAGCUGCCUCCUCCCAGUGCCCGACACCCCCCUGCAAAACCCCAGCGCAAGUUUGGGGCCGUCCUCACCCCAUUCUGCUGCGUGUCCCUGCCCCUCCCCGUGGGUCCCAUAGCACGGGGUUAGUGGGGAGGGGAGGGACACCUCAGCACUGUCCCCAUUAGGGGAGGGCAGGUGGGUUUGCCCCGCGGUGGCAGCUAAGAUGGCACCAUAUGGUGUCCGUGGUAGGAAAGAGGGGCCCCCCCUGCCCUCCCCUAGCACUGCCCAUUCCCCCCAUUAAGAGCUGUACCCCCUGCAGCCCCAACCCCACGCGCUUUGGGAGAAGGGGUGGCUCUGGACUGGGAGGUGGAAGACUGGUGGGUGCCCCCGUCCCCUUGCUGCGCCCCUACUUUGUACAUAGCUCCCCGCUGUGCCCCACCUCACCCUUACCCCCUCCCCUCCCUUGCCUUUUUAAACGGUAUUUUCAUAGCUGCAGAGUUUUGUACAGUGAAUUAAAGCCAAUUAUUUAUACUGU